GUCCUCAUGAGAGCCAAAUUCAUCAUAGCGCUUGAUGGGUUUUGCGACUGCACUUGAAGAAACUUUAAAAGUUCUUGAAAUGUUCCGUAUUGACUGACCUUCAUUUAUUAAAGUCAUUGUGGACUGUUGAUGGACCCUGUCUGGUCUAAAAUGUAAAUUAAAUGUAUGACACAAUAAUAUAUUAUAUAUAACAAGCCUACAUCUAUUUGCAACAAUUCAAGUAGUAUUAUACAGGUACAGUAAACGUAUAGGAUAUUUUCCGCUUGUCCAAAACAGCUUUUUAGAGCGCACUUUAUUCUGUUGCUGGUUGAACACUCAAGGGCAUCUGACGCUUUUUAGCACGUGACUUAAAAUAAACAUUGAAAAGCGGCAAGUGCAGUUUGAACAAGUGAAACUGUCUCGUAUACGCCCGGUCUCACUUGUACAUACCUUGGAUCUUGCUAUCUGAAAUAAAAUUCGAAGAGGACUUGUUUUGACGUUUUGUAUUUAAGUAAUCUAUCAAUGCAUUGUUAUCGCAUCAGUGAUGUCUGACAGCGAUAUUUCUGGCAGCUUUCUACACAGCAAGAAUCAAAACAUGUUAUUACUUGAAAUAUGUGAGACCAACUGUACUCAGCUGCAGAGCUCUGGUGAUGAUGGUGAUGAAGACAGGAGGCUAAAAAGAAGGGAAAAGAACAGGGUGGCAGCGAAGAACAGCCGAAAAAAGAAGACACAAAGAGCAGAUGAGCUGCAUGAGGCACAUGAGUGUCUGGAGCAGAAGAACAGACAGCUGAAGAAGGAUGUGCAGUUUCUGUCUGAGGAGCAGAGGCGUCUAACGGAGGCCCUCAAGGCCCAUGAGCCUCUCUGUCCCAUCAUGCACUGUGUUGCCAACCUGGGAUCAGGGACGUUGGGACCCAAGGAUGUAGGGGUCCCCUCCUGUCUGCCCAGAUAGCCAACAUACCAUGCACGGACCACAGAGACAAACCAACGUGGGAGACUUGUAAACAGAGUUAACAGGUCAGAUUAUAUGUCCUCAUCUGUCCUUUUUAUUCUCGGAGUCAAUUGUUUUUGUACAGUUUGAAUGAAGUUGUAAUUUAAUAAUUAUAGGCUUACGUAAUGAGCUUUGUUUCAGAUGUUCAAGUUGCUUUUCCUGUUUACAUGUUUCGUAUAAUACAUUGAACAUAAAUUGCAUAUCCCUUUCCCAAUGAGACCAUUUCCCUUUGCUUCUGAUAAAUGUGGUUACCAAACCUCUUAUCACGUGUGUUUUGGUUAACCAAACUGGUUUACCAGUACCUGGACUUGACCAUGUGGGAACUUACUUAUACUUUACCAGAAAAAAAGAAACCAUUUAAAGGUUUUUGGUUUCUUAGUCCCUAAUCUAAAACAUUUAAUACACUGGCUAUUACCAAUGGAUUCAUGCAAUUCAAUGCUUAAUUGAUUAAAUAAAAUAAUCAAAUCACUUAAUCCAA